CAUUGUGGGUAACCUGUUCCAACAAAUAAACUUGAUACCCAAACCAUUGCUCAGAAUCUGCCGCUCUCUGCCCACCCAUCACCGUGUAUACCAGGGUAACUCGGCAGCAAUAUCGUUCCACUUAGUUGGCAUCCAUUACACCACUACAACGACAACACACCUUGGGUUCCACAAAGCCAUGUCCGAAUUAUUGUCCGACAGCGACUCCUACGUCAGCGACAGCGAUGCCAUUAGCGACAGCGACGGGGAAGACCACCCUCCCAGGCGAGGCGAUCCCUACGGUGACGAGGACGACAUUGAAUCGGCUGCUGGCUCUGUCGUUAGUGAUUCGGACGAAGACCGAUCAAGAUAUGAUGACGAAGGUUCCAGAGCAGGAUCGUAUAGUGGUGAAGAAGGAUCGUACGGUUCCAGACGCUCACAUGACGAAGGUUCUUUUGAUUCCAGAGUGAGUGGGUCGGCGGAUGGGUCUCGAUAUGACGAUGAAUCGCAGUAUUCCAGAGGUAGCGGCUCCAGGGGCUCCUAUGAUGACGAAGGAGGUUCCAGGGGGUCCCAUGAUGAUGAUGAUGGAGGUUCCCGCGGGUCUUAUCAAUCAGGCUCAGGGGACGAAGAGGGGUCCAGGUACGGUGAUGAUGUCGACAAUGAUGACCUGGAUUCAAGGGGGGAAAUCAUCAGUGGUUCAGAGGAAGAACAUAGUCAUCACGACGAAGAUCGUAGCCAGGCAUCUGCUGGUGAGAUCUCGGAAGGUGGGUCAGAAGUGGAUGAUGGCAGCCGGUCAGAUGAUAUUGAACGGUCCCAGCAUGAUGAGGAUCAAAGUGUUGUCAGCGAUUCAGACGAUGACGACAUAAGCGUUGCUGCAAGUGAAGACGACAAUGCUGGCCCUGAUGCAAACUCGGAGGGCGAUAUAUCUGAUUCGGAUGACGGGGGAUCCAGAAUAGAGGUAGAUGACGACGAAGCUCUGUCAGAAGCACCCUCUGAUGGUGAAGUCAGUGAUUCAGAUGCGGAGAGCAAAGCUGCAAAGAGGGAAAGCAAAGCCAUCUCAGAAGCUUCCGAUGGUGGUGAAGUCAGUGACUCUGAUGAAGAGAGCAGAGUCUCCAAGACAGACAGUGAAGCUCCAUCGGAAGCACCCUCGGAUGGUGGAGUCACUGAUUCAGAUGAGGAAAGCAAAGCUCCAAAAGGGAAAGCAAAGCCCUCUCAGAAGCUUCUACUGGUGGUGAAAUAA